AUGAAGGAUGAAUUCGCCAAAGUUGUCAGUUCAAAUCGAGCGCUUCACAACAGAGUGCAUGAGUUGGAAGAAAUGGUACGGAGGGAGUCAUCCAAAGUUGAAAGAAAUAACAAGUGUGUGGAGGAUUUGCGCAACACAGUGGCAUCAAUGGAGCAUUAUUUUAAGCUGGAGCUAGAGCAGCUGCGAAAACAAGAUGGUGGGGUGAAAGAAGCUGGGGAAGGACAUGAGGACCUCGAUACUCCUCAUAUGAAUGAAGGAGGUGACAAUGAAUUGUCGCCAUUACAUGACAAUGUCACUCCGCCCACAAAAUCGGCAGCAAUGGCAACACAAGUCCCCAGUGAUGGAGCCGAACCUUCCGCAGCCAUGGUCACUCCAGUUCCUGACUUACAAGUGCAUGAAGCAGCUGCGCAUGCACAAUCCGAGAAGCUGCCUACCCCGGAAGAUGUGGCCGGGUGUGACGAAAUCUGCCAAAGACUUAUGUUUUUGUUAGAAGAUUGGAAAAUAGCUGACAGAGUGCCAUCGGGAGGUCCGAUGAAUCCUCCAAGUAUACCUACAAUUAGUAUGGCUGCUGAUGAAGAAGGUAGUUUGAGUGUUGAAAAAAAAGAAGUGGAAGGUAAAGGCUGUAGACAGAAGCGCCCGGCCCAGACAUUAUUAAGUCCAUUUACUGAUCCUUUGAGGAAGAAGAGGACAAUGAGUGUGUCGGAUGCGACUGCAACCCCGCCAUGUUUUGAUCCAUCAAAACCGCUGCCCAUUGAAGAUGUGAAGGCAGUAAUAGAUUUUUGCACUGCCUGGAAAAACGAUAUCAGUGUGCAGGUGCAGCUUGAAGCAUUUUCAGUGGGCGCUGAUUUUUUCUACAAACUCAUCGAUGAAACGGCAUGGAUUAGCUCAAGGCACCUGGAAAUGGCAACCUUUCUUAUCCGGAAACGGCAACUCUCUCAUCCGUUGCUAUUUGGAACCGACUGGACAACGGCAGAUUAUGCCUUGGAGCAAUUUCUAGAGCCGUUAAAAGCGACUGGCAAGACACGUGGAUCGAAGAAGGCAGCAGCUUCAAACACCAGUGACCUUCCAGCCAACAAGCUGAAGAAUGUACAUCACUUUGUGCACGGUACGUGGCAACACGGGUAUGCCCAAGCUUGGAAAAAAGUCCGCAGAGUGUAUUUUCCAUAUAAUCUUCGAGAGUCCCAUUGGGUUGCAAUCGAAAUUGAUUUCGUCCGACAUACUGCAACUGUGUAUGACUCAUAUGUUGAUUAUACCAAAUCUUCGAAGCUGGUUACACUUCUGCAACCUGUGAGCGAUACGCUUGCACGAGUGCUGUACAAUAUGAAGUUUUAUGAAGAUUCUGAGGUUGAAGAGGUGAAGCAAAAGGGGCUGCAGAUGUCGAGGUUUACGCCUUUCUCAGUUUGCGUCAUUGGAGGUGUGCCACAACAACGAGAUGGUUGUAAUUUCCCAACUUAUUGGCCUCACAGUACGUCUUGCGGAAUCAUGACCGUUCAAUUCAUCGAGCAUCUCAGUGCUGGGCUUUCGGUGCAUAAAAUUGACCCGUCGAAGAUCAAAUAUUACCGACUGAAGCUUGCAAUAGAGGGGAGCUUGUGUCUUGUUGCUGAAAAAAUUGAUGGAUUUGUGUUUAGGAGCUGGUGUGUCAUAUGUCCUGCUGGAUUGACACCUGUUAUAUUGAUAGUUUGCACUGAUCUGGUUCGUGGUGCAAAGGACAAGAGGCUCCGGGUUAAGGGACCCGUGAGAAUGCCAACCAAGGUACCAACACAUGGGACAGAUUUGAGUUGCGUGUCCACAGAGGGUGAUUGA